AUGUCCGCGCAGUCCCAGCAGUUCAAGGAGGAAAUGGAGUCCGCUUGGGCACGCAAAGACGAGAACUUCGACCCAGAGCUCAUAUUUGGAAAGGUCGGCUACCAGUUCGUUCUGUCCCAUGCCAUCCGCUCUUCGACGCACCCGCUGGUGACGGGGGUCACGCUCGUUGCAGCCGUGGCGCCGCUGACCAAUGGGGCCAACGUCAAGACGUUCCCAGGGUCGCCCACGCAGCUCAACGUUGUCGCUGAGAUCGGCGACUGCCUGGGCGCGAAGAUCCUCGCCAAGCUCGAGGCCGUGGUCGCCGAGGAGUUGGAGGCGCGCAACCGCCCAGUGGGCAUCGGUGGUCCGGGCGCGCAGCCGAAGGUGUCCCUCGUCUGGCUGGGCAACGUCCACCCAGAGAUCGCCGCCCCGUUGGGCAGGGGCGCUCUGGGCAGCCACGCGGGGGCUACCAAAGAGCGCAUGUUCUUCUACACGGGCCGCCCAGCGCGGGCAGAGCUGGACGUGGACAUGGCCGUGCUGUCCGGCAUGGAAGAGCUCAUCGGGGGCCCCGAGGCUGCGGGGCAGGCGCAGUUGCCCAGGGCGCGCCCCCAUGCGGACGAGGCGCCAGAAGAAGGCGGGGACCGCUCCGUUCGGUGCCGCCCCGACGCGGAGGGGUUCCUCUUCGCGUUGCCGGACGGCGUGCCCAGUCGCCUGCGGUAUUGUUGGGCCAACGACGAGUGGGUGGCCGAGUAUCGCAUCGGCAACAAGAGCAUCCCGUUGCCUCCAUCGCACGAGAUCACGGCAGCGGCGGAGCGAGUUCCCACUCUCUUCUCGAAGGCGGGGGGGACUGUGACGUUGUCCGAGGCUGCCGCGAAACUCAUGCGCAGCGUCAGUACCUUCGCCUCGGUCAAAGCGUCUUUGGCCGUGGAGGAAGGGGACAAUGUGACCAGCGCGCGGUGGGGGAUUGCCCCUUGGAAAGCGAGCGUAUUGACUGGCCUGCUGUUCGCUGUCGACGCAUUUGUCGGACAGGCGCCCGCUGCCAGGCCAGACCCCGCAGGUGCGCUGGUCGCCGCGCGGGGGCAGGUGGAGCGCGCCAAGCGCUUGCUGGCCUUGCUCGAGGGCGCGCGUGAGCAGUGGCUUGACGCCACCGAUGAGAGGCGCGCGAAGUCGGUUCUGCGCAUGAGCCAGCAGAGCGCCGAGUUCUUGGCUGGCCUGCCCGCUGGGUUCGGCCUGGAGCAGGGGCAGCCGUCGGGGCUCGCCGGCGCAGAGCCGUCUGGGGCGCCAGCCGCAACGGCGCGGCCGCCAACGAAGCGAGCCCGCGCGCAGAGCGCCGAGCCGCCGGCCUCGGCGCAGAGUUCGCGACCAGCCGCCAGCCGGGCGGAUGCUGUCGCCGGGGGCGCCGAUCGCGGCGCCCGCGGGGCCGCCCUGUUUGCGCCGCUGGAGGGCCAGGCGAUCGCGCCAGGCGCGCAGACCCAGGGGGCGCCGCCAUCCGCCCUGCCUGCGCCGCCGGGAGCCCUGCCGAGCGCGCCAGUUUGCCCGCGGCAUGCGGAGGCGCCGCCUUCUGCCACCGAGCCCAAGCAGGUCGCAGACGGCGCGCCCAUGUCCAGAGGCUGCGGCCCCCGCGGCGGCACAGUGCAGGCGUUCGCCGAGGGCCAGGGCGAGGCGUGGAAGACGGACCGCGACAUCGUCCGCUACACGUCGCAGCGGGGGGUGGUCAAGUGCUCCGAGAUUUGCGGGAACUUGCGCCGCGAAGUUAUGGUGAACGGCAGGAAGAAGCAUUUGGGCUUGCCCCAGAAGGUCUGGGAGGACGUGAUGGCCGCUGCCUUGGCGCAGCACCCUGUCGGCGACUUGCUCGAGGCGGGCGCGCCGAGAUCCAGGGUUAAGUGGCACGCGCCGCCGUCGGCGGAGGCCGGGCGCGAGGCCAUGGUCAAGUGGCGCAAUCUCCUGGUGGACAUGUGCAGGCUCACAGGCCGCGAGGUGAGGGUCCUCUUGCAGCGGGCCCGGGCCCCCGCGGCAAGCGGGUCGUAUUUGCAGCUCCGGUUGUCGGCGCCUGUCGAGCACGUCAUCCAAGCUAUUUGGCCGCAGUUGCAGACCCACUUGCGGAACUUGCGGCGCCGGCGCGCCGAGAUCGACGGGGAGGUUUCUAAGGUCGUCAAGCUCACCCGGAAGUGUUGCGGGCCGAUGUAUGGAGGCUGCGCCCGCGAUCCAAAUCUCGGCAAGGUGUGCUUGCACCCCUGCUCUGCCCCCACGAGGGGCCAGCGCGAGCGCUGGUGCACUUGCCGCGCCCGCUUGCUGGAGAAGCCCGUGCCGUUUGAGGGCGCCAAAGACGCAGGCGUUUUUCUUGUCCGGCGCCGCGAAUGCUUGGGGGGCGCGCUGGACGACGUGCUCUGUGCGACGUCGCAGCGGCAAGGCGUCGGAGCAGUUCGAGUGGUUGACGAUAUUGAGGGCUGCUGGGGCGCCGCCCAGUCCACUUUGGUCAGGCGCGCCGCAGAUGCCGCGAAAGACGCGGCCGAGUCCCGUGCCAGCGAGGGGGCGCCGGACAAACUCAAGGCGAAGCUGCCCCAGCCGCAGAAAAAGCGCAGGUUGCCCGCUGGCCUGCGCACUGCUGCGAGCCGCGGCGAUGGGGCGCGCUCUUCGGCGAGCCGCGGCGAUGGCAGCGCCGGCCGAGCCGCGCGUGCGACGGCUGCGCAGCCUGCGCAGCCCGUAGACCCCGCGGAGGCACCUCCGGCGGUCGACGCAUCACUCAGGGAGCUGGAGCAGAUUUCGUGCAACACCCACAAGAGCUUUGCCAAGGGAGGGAAGCGGGGCAAGCUGGAGUCCGCCUCUCUUGCAGUGCGGCGAACUGGGGGGUUCCUUGUCGCGUGCUCGCCCAGCGGGCACAUUAUCGACGUGGAGGAGUUCUUCGGCGUUGAAAGCUUGGCGCAGCGGUAUUGCUUUCUGGCCCGCUUGAAGAAGCGAUUCCCAGCCUUGAACGUCGUCAUCCACGACGACGCCUGCGUCCCGCAAUGGCGGUGCUUCGUAGGCAUAGUGGCAUUUUGCCCCAGAUACUGCAACGUCAG